CACCUUCUUUAUUUCCAUAUUUUUUUUUUUAGGGGCGAAUAAAAAAGGGAAGGAGCUCGUCACCGGGCGGUUUUCGGCUUUUUCAGGUUCCGGGAUGGAGCUGGAGGCCGUGCUGAUGCUGGCCAACUCCUCCACUUUAUUAGUGUGCAUGGUGCUGAAGUUCCCGCAAAUUGUCACCGUGAUCGCUGCAAAGAAUGCGUGGGGACUGAGCGUCCGCAGCCUGGUGCUCGAGCUGGUCGGGUUUCUGGUGUUCCUGACUUACCAAACUUACUAUGAGUACCCACUGGCAACAUACUUGGAGUAUCCAAUCCUAAUUGCUCAAGAUGCUAUUUUAUUGAUGUGCAUUCUCUUUUACAAUGGAAACAUAGGGACAGCCUUACCCUAUGCAAUACUAUUUAUCAUUGGUUGGCGACUUUUAACAAUCCAUAGGUUAAUUAUAGACUUGGCUAUGAAUCUAUCUACAUAUAUCAGUGCAUUAAGUAAAUAUGCUCAACUUCAGUCCUUGUGGAAGGCCCAGAACUCUGAUCAAGUUAAUGCCUUGACAUGGAGCUUCGCAAUCUACACUACUUGCAUGCGAGUCUUUACUACACUGAUGACCACCCAAGACACUGCAGUGAUUAUACGCUAUGUGGUUAUGUGUUUGUUGAACAUAUGGGUUUUGAUGACAAUCAUCUACUACAGGAAGACUGGAAAGAAAGAAGAAUGAACAUGCUCAAUUGAAAGCAGAUCCAGGACUCUGAACAUUACCAGUCUGGCCUGUGGCAGCUCCAUUUUAAGUAACAAGAGUAAUAACUACCAGGGUUUCUUUGGAAGAGAUGCUGGAGCCAUAUCUGCAAUGUGUAACUUGUUAGGGAAGGGUGAUUAACAAACAGAAAACAUUUCAGGAACAAGUAAGUGAAUUCCAUUCUUAAUUGCAGAUGGAAAAACAGAAGUGUUAGAAGACAAAUUGGGACCAAAGCAUAACAGAAAGACAUUUAAAGUUAUUUUACUCCGAGCCUAUUUGCACUUAAAACAAAAUAAAUGCACAGAUGAUAUAAGGAAUAGUGCAAUGAUGGGAGAAGAUGUACAUGGUUUUACUUUUCACAAAUGUUAUUUUACAAUGUUACAUUAAAGUAUAACAAAACAGG